AUGCAACAACGAGGACUGAAUGUGAUGCUCUUGACAAAUGAACCUAUUCGGCAAAUCCAGCUUGUCGCGAUUGGAGGCUCUAUCGGUACCGGCCUGUUCAUUGCCAUUGGAACAGGUCUAUACAAGGGCGGGCCAGGAAGCUUGCUUCUCGCCUUUAUCAUCCAGUCUCUCAUGGUCGGCAUGCUCAAUAGUUGUCUGGCUGAGAUGACCACCUACAUAUCCGUAAGCGGUGGUUUUAUCCGACUCGCAGGCUACUGGUUUGAUGAAGCCUGGGGAUUCAUGGCUGGAUGGAAUUUCUUCAUCUAUAUGGCUCACACGGUGCGCUUCGAGAUUUCGGCGGUCAACAUUCUUCUGGAGUACUGGCGACAUGACAUUCCUGUUGUGGCAGUGUGCUUGGCUUGUAUUGCAGCUUUCACUCAUCAACUUGCUUUGCCAUUGGUGCCCUACGGAGAAGCCGAAUUUUGGCUCUCUGAUAGCAGAGUCAUCUUACUCUUCAUUCUGUUCUCCUUUAUAUUCGUCACCAUAGUCGGCGGUAAUCCGCAAGGCGACACAUAUGGAUUCCGCCACUGGCAAAACCCCGGUACAUUCGCGGGGUAUAUUGCAGUCUUUACCUGCGCCUGGCCGGAAUAUAUCUCUACAGUUGCAGCUGCAGUCAAGUACCCCUGUAUAUAUAUUAAAAGCGCCUUCAAGAACGUCUACUGGCAGUUUAAUAUCUUCUUUGUCAGAGGUGCAUUGUGUGUGGGCACCCUUAUCGCCUACAAUGAUUCUACCCUCGUUGCAGCUUUAGAAAGCGGGGAGUUGUCUGCUGCCGUGUCACCCUAUAUUAUUGCCAUACAGAACCUUGGUAUUGACGUUAUCCCUUAUAUUAUCAGUGCCCUGAUAGUAACAACAGUCUUCCCUGCUAACAAUACUUACAACUAUACCGCGACCCGUGUACUAUAUGGUGCGGCGGUGUUCCAAUCUAUAACUUUAUUGUGCGUAAUGCAAAAUGUCUGCAAGGCACAAGAUUUCGACCGAUUCAAACUCCCCUAUACGGGACUGUUCCAGCCUUAUUUAAUGAGUACUGCGAACUGUUUCCUAGGCUUUAUUAUGCUAUUGUUGGCACCUAUCGCAUUCCUUGGCUGGAAGAUCUACAAGGGAACAAGGUGGUUACGGCCGCAUGAGGGAGUUGAGACGGAGCAGCCUAUUGGGGUUUGGAGAGAAAUGGUUAGGCUUAGGGAUAUACGGAGGCUUUGUAGCCGCAAAAGCACAGGCGAUCAGGUCUGA